UCAGUCACCAUGGUGGCAUACAGCAAAAAGCUGUGGCGGCGGACCCAUCGUCACUUUUAAACCCAUCAUAAUGAUUUUUUUAAGGUUGCCUUUGUACAUGUAGCCUAUACAUUUAUUAUUUUAAAAAAAAUGGACAACCGGUUAUUGUCAGGAUAGAUUAGUAGUUUGCUAUUUUAUUUGAAGGCGGAUACAUUGAAUUGUGGCAAAAUCAAGAAUGCUGAAGAUACAUAUAUUUGCUGUUAGCGUCGGCUUAGAUAAAGGAAUAGUUCUUCCUUAAUACAACUGUAUAGCGACACGUCUACUGGGACUUGGAUUCAGGAUUUUUCGAGCCGCACCUUAAUAGCAAGUUUUUUUUGUUGGGAUCGGUGGCAGCCUUUUGAUAUCGGUUUGGGGACAGAAGAAACCCCUAGGCUCACAUUGUGGCCUGGCCAUUGUGGCCUGGGACUGAUACAUUUCCGAUCUUUCGACCACUGGAGUUCUCUUAUUAGUGGAUAACAGACUGACUGUGUCUUGGUCUGAAUAUCCAGUCCGCGAAUAUUUUCACAUUGUCAACAUUCUAAGCAAUUUAAUUAUUUGAAAUUCGGGUCUUCAAAACAAUGGCGUCUUAUGUCGAUAACAGCUUUCGUCAAGCUGUGAUGAUGAAUCCGGCAGAAAGAACGCAACAGGACCUGGAGAUAGUCUACUCCUAUCUUCACGGGAUGGAGGCCCUUUCUAACCUCAGAGAACACCAGCUGAGGAUAAUAUGUGAGACAGUGCGCUAUGAAAGACACGAAGCCAAUGAAGUGCUCUACUACCCGGAUGACGUUGGAAGCUGCUGGUUUAUUCUACUGUCCGGGUCCGUCUUCAUCAAGGAGUCCAUGUUCCUGCCAAGAAGCAGUUUUGGAAAGCGUUCUGCAGGGAGCCUGAGACGCGGAUGCGAGUGCAUCGUUCUGGAACCUUCCGAGAUGAUUGUGGUGGACUAUAUGGACCAAAAUGAGGAGUACUUCCAGCGGCAAGCAUCGCACCGACAGUCCCGCCGGAGGUUCCGCAAGAUCAACCAGAAGGGCGAGCGGCAGACCAUCAUCGACACGGUGGACCCGUACCCCACUGGCAAGCCGCCCAUAGCCAGGGGAUACCACACGCUCCCCGCGGACUUCAGUCGACUCCACCUGGCCGACGGCUUGCACCCACAGGUGACCCACGUUACUUCCAGCCACUCAGGAUGUAGUAUCACCAGCGACUCUGGAAGCAGCAGCCUGUCAGACAUAUACCAGGCCACGGAGAACGAGCCGGGCGACAUGGACCUCAGCGGCCUGCCCGAGACCGCCGUCGACUCAGAGGAGGACGACGACGAGGAGGACAUGGAGCGAGCGUCGGACCCCCUCAUGAGCCGCGACGUCGUGCGGGACUGCCUCGAGAAGGACCCCAUGGACCGCACCGAUGACGACAUAGAGCAAUUACUGGAGUUCAUGCAUCAGCUGCCAGCGUUUGCCAACAUGACCAUGUCGGUGAGGAGGGAGCUGUGUGCCGUCAUGGUCUUUGCCGUGGUCGAGCGGGCCGGCACCAUCGUCCUCAACGACGGGGAAGAGCUGGACUCGUGGUCAGUGAUCCUGAAUGGCUCGGUGGAGGUGACGUACCCCGAGGGCAGGCCUGAGAUCCUGUGUAUGGGGAACAGCUUUGGGGUCUCCCCCACCAUGGAGAAGGAAUACAUGAAGGGAGUAAUGAAGACCAAGGUGGACGACUGUCAGUUUGUGUGCAUAGCGCAGCAGGACUACUGCUGCAUCCUCAACCAGGUGGAGAAGAACAUGCAGAAGGUGGAGGAGGAGGGCGAGAUCGUCAUGGUCAAGGAGCACCGCGAGCUGGACCGCACCGGCACCAGGAAGGGACACAUCGUCAUCAAGGGUACAACGGAGCGUCUGACCAUGCACUUGGUAGAAGAGCACUCGGUGGUGGACCCCACCUACAUCGAGGACUUCCUGCUGACCUACAGAACCUUCCUCUCCAGCCCCAUGGUCGUGGGCAAGAAGCUCCUCGAGUGGUUCCAUGACCCAAGCCUCAGGGACAAGGUUACACGGGUAGUCUUGCUGUGGGUGAACAAUCACUUCAAUGACUUUGAAGGUGACCCCGCAAUGACUCACUUUCUUGAAGAGUUCGAAAGCAAUCUGGAGAGAGAGGUCCGUGUCUCAAAAAUGUGCGGCCAUCUUAGACUGUUAAACAUUGCCUGUGCUGCUAAAGCCAAACUGCGUCUCGUGACACUGACCAAGCCGUCGAGGGAGGCCCCGCUAGCCUUCACCCUGCUGGGGGGCUCUGAGAAGGGCUUCCGCAUCUUCAUCGACAGCGUGGAGCCCGGGAGCAAGGCCGCAGAGGCCGGCCUCAAACGAGGAGACCAGAUACUGGAGGUGAAUGGGCAGAACUUUGAAAAUGUCCAGCUCACCAAAGCCAAUGAGAUCCUGAGGAACAACACGCACUUGUCCAUUUCUGUGAAAACCAAUCUUUUAGUGUUCAAGGAGCUACUAGCCCGGCCGGAGCACGACCACGAGGCAGAGGGCGAGGAUCCGCCAGAGGUGGACCGCAAGAAUGGAGCCCCGGCACACCUGCCCAAGAUUGGGGACAUCAAGAAGGGCUCGCGCUACUCCAUCCCUGACCUGGCGGUGGACGUUGAGCAGGUGAUGGGCCUGGAGAAGGCCAGUAAGAAGGCCAAAGCCAACACGGUGGGAGGAAGGAACAAGCUCAAGAAGAUCUUCGACAAGACGCUCACCAGCAUCCUGCCCCCAAAACCAUACAACGAUGUGGGCGUGGGCCAGUCGCAGGACGACAGCAUCGUGGGCCUGAAGCAGUCCAAGCAGAUUCCGGCCUCGCUGCCUGUCAGCAGCAACCUAUCGUCAAGCAACCCUGACCUGCUGCAGUCCCACCACCGCAUCCUGGACUUCAACAACCAACCGGACAUGUCCGACCAGGUGCUGCGAGUGUUCAAGGCAGACCAACAGAGUCGAUACAUCAUGAUUGGUAAGGACACCACGGCCAAGGAGGUGGUGGCCCAGGCCAUCCGGGAGUUCGCCCUGACCGCGGUGCCCGAAGCCUAUUCGCUGUGCGAGGUGUCCGUCACGCCGGAGGGUGUCAUCAAGCAACGGCGGCUACCAGAGCAGCUGUCCAAGCUGGCGGAUAGGAUACAGCUCAGUGGCAGAUACUACCUGAAGAGCAACAUGGAGACAGAGACCCUCUGUUCAGACGAGGACGCCCAGGACCUCCUUCGUGAAGGCCAGAUCUCCCUCCUCCAGCUCUCCACUGUGGAAGUAGCCACGCAGCUCUCCAUGCGCGCCUUCGAACUCUUCUGCGCCAUCGAGCCCACCGAGUACAUCGAUGACCUGUUCAAGCUCAAGUCCAAGACGGGUUCGUUUUGCCUCAAGCGCUUCGAGGAGGUCAUCAACCAGGAGACCUUCUGGGUGGCGUCGGAGGUGAUCAGGGAGCCCAACCAGCUCAAGCGCAUGAAGAUUGUCAAGCACUUCAUCAAGAUUGCUCUCCAUUGUAGAGAGUGCAAGAACUUCAACUCCAUGUUCGCUAUCAUCAGUGGUCUGAACCUGGCCCCGGUAUCUAGACUCCGGGGCACGUGGGAAAAGCUCCCCAGUAAGUACGAGAAGCUGUUUGGGGACCUGCAGGACCUGUUUGACCCGUCCAGAAACAUGGCCAAGUACCGCAACGUGCUCAACAACCAGAACCUCCAGCCGCCCAUCAUCCCCCUGUUUCCCGUCAUCAAGAAGGACCUCACCUUCCUGCAUGAAGGGAACGACUCCAAAGUGGACGGCCUGGUGAACUUUGAGAAGCUGCGGAUGAUCGCCAAGGAGAUCCGCCACGUGGGUCGCAUGGCCUCCGUCAACAUGGACCCUGCGCUCAUGUUCAGAACCAGGAAGAAGAAAUGGAGGAGUUUAGGCCAGGGCAGUGCCAACGCGGCGGUGCUAGACGUCACCCAGACGGGCGGGCACAAGAAGCGGGUGAGGCGCAGCUCCUUCCUGAACGCCAAGAAGCUGUACGAGGAUGCCCAGAUGGCCCGCAAGGUCAAGCAGUACCUGUCCAACCUCAGCCUGGAGACCAACGAGGAGGCGCUGCAGACCCUCUCUCUGCAGUGUGAGCCCUCCAUCAACACAUUGCCCAAGAACGCUGGUGGCGGUAAGAGGCCAGACACGUCUCCGGUAGUGUCCAGGGCUGCCAGCCAGCAGAGGGGCCAGCUGCAGAAGGGCAACCAGGCCCUUCAGGUGCCCGCUGUGGCCCUCUACCCCUCCCGCAAGAAAGUGCCAGUCAAGGACCUGCCACCAUUCGGCACAAGUUCCCCUCAGUCGUUGAAGAAGAUCCUAUCGCUGUCGGAGGAGGCCAGCGAGCGUCACAAGCGUCAGACGGAGGACACGGUGUCUAAUGCCUCCUCGCAGCUCUCCUCCCCUCCCACCUCCCCCCAGAGCUCGCCCAGGAAGGGCUACCCAAGAACGGGAGACACCUACUCGGACUCGGGUCACAGCGAGAUUUCGUCGCGCUCCAGCCUGGUCAGCAACUCCUCCUUCGACAUGGCCCAGGAGGAGAGGAGGGGGCUCAGGCACUCAGGAGGGGUGGGAGACCCCCACGCUGGAGGGGUGCGUCUGGAGAGGAGGGCUACGACCGACCCUGAUCAGUACAGCCUCGGUUCCUACUCGUCCAUGCAGGACUGCCGGGGCCUGUAUGCCUGCGCCAUGGUGCUCUCCUCCCCCAGCUCAGAGGAGUUGACCCAGGACCAAGGGGACCGUGUCUCCCUGGACGCCGCCGAUAGCGGCCGCGGUUCCUGGACCUCUUGCUCCUCGGGCUCCCAUGACAACAUCCAGACCAUGCAGCAGGGACGUAGCUGGGAGACCCUGGCAUUCGGACCGGGGGGUGUCAUCGGCGGGAGCAUUGGUGUCCACCCACCCGGGGGGCCUGAAGCAUUACUAGGGGGCCCCGCUGGACUGUGGGCGUCCCAGGCUAGAGGUAGCUGGGCAUCGGCCUCUUCAUCUUCCUCUGCGGCGUACUGGGGCGAGGACUCCGAGGGCGACACGGGCACGAUUAAACGGCGAGGCGGGAAGGAUGUGAACACCGACCCGGAGACGAGUAGUAUCACAUCGAUGGGGUCCGACGAGGCCAAGCAGCACGGAAGGCCUUCGCCAUCACCCAUCACUGCCGGAAACAAGGGCCUUAUCACGCGAAAGGAGAGCCGGUACCGGGAGCCCCCUCCAACCCCGCCGGGCUACACUGCCCUGACAAUCUCUGACUUCAGUGAAGGGCAGACACAGUCGCCGCCCCUAGCCCCGGCCCACUCCGGCCGCCGCCCGCCCGAUUACACCACGGCCCUGCAGCGCUCGCGCAUGGUCACCCAGUCGCCUGACUCCCAUCACCACCACCAGGCCCAACAACAUGCCAAGCGCCAAGGGCUCCACCGCACCCGCUCGCCAGGCGAGGAGGAAGAGCCUGAGGAGGAAGAGGAGGGUGAGUCCUUGUCUCCCAAACUAGUCGCUCUGAGGAAGACAGUGGCACACACAACACCAGAGACAACCAGGCCAUGAGAUGAGUGUACGUACGGGUUACAGGGCAGGUCCCCCUCAGGCUGAGAGGAUGAGCAGGUAUCAGCAGUCUGAGAACGGUCUUCUGCUGGAUGUCCUUUGCAGUGACUUGAAGUCCCUUCCAUGGGGGCGGAACAAGAGAGACUGACUUGAUUGAUUGAUGGACAGACCAAUCCAGUACGUACGUGCCUGCCUCCUCUUCCGGACUCUCCGUCAUUGGUGGACUCCUCUGCUCGUAUCCCCUCCCCCCCUCGCCUUAAAGCAUCAUGGGGGGUUGAAUGACCCUGCAUGCAACAAAAAAAAUACUGUGAAGAAGAAGAUGGAGAGAUGGAAAAAGAAAGACACAAAAUGCCUGGCACUUUGGGGGAAAAAAGAAAAACGAGUCAAACGGUUUUGCUGAAGAAAAAAAAAUGGCUACGUGCGACAACCGCGCGCACACACACACACACACACACACACACACACACACACACAGCUGUCAUGGAACAGCUUUCCAAGACUAACCCCCUAUCCCAACCCCACCGCGCUUUACACACACAGUAUCAUGACAUGUUGAGCUUUGUCUGCACUUUUUAAUUUUCUACUUUAUAAAACGAGAACAAAAUGGACAAUGACGAUGGAGGGAAGAAAAAAAACAUUUGAUCAAUUUUUGAACUUUCUUCUAGGUUUCUAGAGGUCUUCUUUCUAGAACUAUUGCACUCGGGGGGAGGGGGGGGGUAAAAGUGGCUAUACCCAAGUCUCAUCCCUGUGUGGACUCUGAAAAACAGAUCUGUCAAUCUUAAGAGUUUUAUUCCACAAUUACAGUAUUAUCUUGUCCAUUCACAUAUCCUAAUGGUGGCUCAACCCCCACUGCUAACUGGACAGUCACAGUGAGAGAAAUAAGUUGGGGUGACCAAUAUGUCAUUUGGGGGGGGGACCAACAUGCACGUUCAUAAUCUAAUGUUCUGACACACACUGGGCAAGUCUGGCUUCAGCACUUCUCAGUACAACUUUAGGUUUUAGUGCAACCCUCCAUUCCUAACCCUGGCCUGGAUAUCUUGUCUAUUUCCGAUAUGGCCAGCCACAUCUUCAGUUCUAGGUCAUGUACGAUAUUGUGUCAGGUUGUGUGGAUCAUAGCAGUGACCCAACUAGGGAGUCAAUCUGGCUAUUUGAUAUCCAUGUUUUAACCUAGGUCAUCUGGUGACUUAUAUUAAUUCUGUAUUUAGACAACAUUUUAAAGGACAACUACAGGAGAUUUUUCUUGGCUUAGUUUUGUCCCUAAUGGGUUGUGAUGUUAAAAGAUAAGCACAAAGGGUAUUUAUACCCGAUUUGGCAAAUCAACCACCUCGGGGAACGUGUUUUUAGUUAUGCACCCCAAAGGCAUGUCGAGGCUUAAAUCCUAUACAGGUGAAUGGAGUCUCAUGCCUUUCAGCGGUGCUGCAUAACCAAACGCUUUCCCUGGGUUCUGUCAACCAUUUCAAUUAACUGUCCAGUGGAAAUUUAACUUUAAAUACUUCCUAUUCUGUUAACUCAUGCCCAAAUAAUGUUGACUCAUCCUAUCCUCGUAUUUGUCGCCAAACAUUAAUUGGAGAAAAACACUUUUUGUUGUAAACAUAUCAAACAGACCAUUUAAAAAAAUGCUUGCUAUUUCAUCAUAGAGAAUGAUGUGCUGGCCAAUCAGCGGUCUACUUGCAUGAAUAUGUUUUAUGACAGGUAUACGCCCACACCAUUGGGCUACGCCCACACCAUUCCAACAACACAAGCUGCUUUUCUUUUUUUGUUGUGGAAAGGAAAACGAUUUCACUCAAUGUAAUUUAUUAUAGGUCAUAUUUCAUAGAAAUCUGGAAACGAAACACUGGACAGUUAAUUUUUUUUAGACUGAACUAGAAUACACCUCUCCUACCUUGCCAUCGGCAACAUCCUCCUCUUCAUCGAAAAGUCCUCCGCUGUUACAGGCAUCAAGAUCAAUGGAUUUGUAUAUUACUAGGCAAUGCUAAGCAUAGAGCAACCUGUUUUCCACCAUUUCUUAACACCAUCGCAAUUGACUGAAGAAAAUGAUUGAAUAUGUUUGUUUUGACUCCGGUGGGGAAGUUACCUAGAUGAAAGAAUUCACUUUGAAGGCUGCCAAUCAGAAUUAGUGUCACUUUUUAGUUUUUCUUUUCACUGAGUUAUGCUGAUCACAUUGAUCAGUAGUUAGAAACAAUAGACUGAGAAGGAGAAGAAGAAAAAAAAUACAAGUGCUGUGUUUUUCACUGUGGGCUGUUACUACACUUUCUGUCCAUUUUUAUUAUUUUCAUGGCAGCCGAUAGAUUGUCAAUCAUGCGUUUUAAUACAAUGGUGACACGCAUCAUCAUUCACUCUUUCAGCUCUGAAGAUCAUGUGGAUAUUAGCAGGCCAAGGCCUAUUUGGAAAAACAAAGACGUUGCACAACAUUGUACAAGCAUAAAGAUAAUUGUAGUAGGUAGAACUACUACUCCGUUUUGAUGUGUGAUGUCAAGUGAGAAGUGUACAUUUAGCUGGUGAUUUUUCUCAUACUUUCUUCUACUACUUUGACCUGUAUGUCUUUUAAAAAGACAAUUGGUGGAGUAUGUUUCGGUUGUUUUUUUGUAUUUUUAAUACAAUAAUUGUAAAUAUUGGUUAUAUUUUUGUUGAAAUGUACUAUGUUUAUGCCUCAACAUCCAGUUUGUAUGAAGCUGGGAAAUCAAUAAAUACUACAAAAGUUAUCAAUUCA